CAAAGACUCACACAUGACUAUAUUGUAGUUUUUUUUAAAAAAUAAAAUAAAAUUGAAUGAAGUUAUAGCUAACUACCAUUCAACUCAAAGAUUUUCAAUUUUUGUACAUCUAGUGUUAGAUACAAAGUGUUGUAUGUUAGAUACAACUGUAAGUAACAUCCAAAGCAUUGUUCUCUUCACAGCAUAUUUUCCUUUGUCUUAUGUUCAUGGAACCACCCAUAAUAUCAUCCACUAUGAUUCCUACACUUUCAUGGUUUACACCCAAAAGGUUACUUGCUAUAUUUUGUGUGAUUAAUUUGUUAAACUAUUUGGAUCGAGGAACAAUAGCUAGCAAUGGUGUUAAUGGAAGUAAAGGAACAUGCACUGAAGCUGCUGCUACUUGCACUUCAGGUUCAGGAAUACAGGGGGAUUUUAACUUGAACAAUUUUGAAGAUGGGAUUUUAUCAUCUGCUUUUCUGGUUGGACUUCUUGUGGCUUGUCCGAUAUUUGCCUCUCUAGCUAAGAGCAUAAAUCCAUUUAGACUUAUAGGAGUUGGAUUGUCAGUUUGGACUCUUGCAACCUUAUUUUGCGGUUUUUCGUUUAAUUUCUGGUCCAUUUCAGUUUGUCGCAUGUUGGUUGGUGUUGGCGAAGCUUCGUUUAUAAGUCUAGCAGCGCCUUUUAUUGAUGACAAUGCCCCAACUUCUCAGAAAACAGCGUGGCUCGCAACGUUUUACAUGUGUAUACCAUCGGGAUAUGCACUUGGCUAUGUCUAUGGUGGUUUGGUUGGAAGUUAUUUUGGUUGGCGUUAUGCGUUCUGGAUAGAGUCUAUAUUGAUGCUUCCGUUUGCUAUUUUAGGAUUUUUAAUGAAGCCUUUACAGUUGAAAGGAUUUGGUUCCGGUAAUUUGAUAAAGGUAGAAGAAUCUAAGACAGAUGCAUCAGAAGUUCAAGUCACGAACGCUUCUAAUGUUAGAGAUGAUUCACUGUCCUUAAAGGAAGAGUUCAGAGAUAAUACCUCAAAUGACCAAUCCAAGUCUAAAUCUGCGACGAAAAUGUUUGAUCAGUUCUCAAUAUUUUUUAUUGAUAUGAAAGAGCUCCUGCUUGAUAAGGUUUAUGUUAUCAAUGUUCUAGGUAACAUAGGUUACAACUUCGUCUUAGGUGCUUACUCAUACUGGGGUCCCAAAGCUGUCUAUAAUAUUUAUCAUAUGGCUGAUGCAGAUUUGGUAUUUGGAGGAAUUACAGUUGUAUGCGGAAUAGUCGGCACAUUAGCUGGAGGCUUUGUUGCAGAUUUUAUGACUAACACCAUAUCAAAUGCAUUUAAGCUUCUGUCCGCGACAACAUUUAUUGGUGCAGCAUUAUUUUUUGGUGCCUUCUUAUGCAGAAAUGUGAAUGGCUUUCUUGCUCUUUUCUCUAUCGGCGAACUUCUUGUUUUUUCCACUCUGGGUCCUGUGAGUUAUGUAUGUCUGCAUUGUGUUAAACCGAGUUUGAGGCCUCUAUCUAUGGCUAUGUCUACCGUUGCUAUUCAUGUCUUUGGAGAUGUGCCUUCCUCACCUCUUUUUGGAAUUCUCCAGGAUAGUAUUAACAACUGGAGAACAACUUCAUUGAUCUUAACAACCAUAUUGUUUCCAGCGGCUGGAAUAUGGUUUAUCGGUAUGUCAUCACGAAAUCUUGUUUUUUUAUUAACAUCUGUUGUGAUUAAUGUGUAUGUAUAUCUUGAAGGGAUAUUUGUGCAUAGUGUGGAUAAAUUUGAAGAUGACAGUGAGAAUCAAGUGUCAAACAUUGAGAGGUCAUGUACUAUACCAUUGCUUCAAGAGAAAACUGGAGAAACAUCAACAUCUCAUACACAAUCUCUAGAAUGUUAACCUUAAAUUACAAGAAUUCAAUUGAUGAAAUGGUUUUGUAUUUCAUAAUAGUAAUGAUUUGUUCCGUAUGAAAGAAGGUCACCUCCCAUAAAUGUGGACAAAUUUACAAGAAUUCAAUUUUUUUACUAAAAUUUUAGGGACCUUCUUUCAAGGGAAGGUCACCUCCCAAAAAUAGAGGAAUGUCACUUAAAGUAGCAAGUACACGGUAUUCUUUAGUAAAAGGCGAAAGAAUAGUUCGCCUUGUACUUACUACAUGACUCCACAACUUGCUAGAUGGUGGUACCUCAACUAUUUAUAUUGUAGCUACAGUUGGAACUUCUUACCAUUAAGCAAUGUGGGACUUCGUUGGUUUCAUA